CCGGUGCAUAAUAUAUUAUUUCUCUUCUGAGUUAAGAGCGCUCUCAGUUACUUAUUGGAAGUUAAGUGGGGUACUACUAGUCGGAGUUUGACUCUUUUUUGGGAUAUUUUAUUAUUUGUGAGUGGUGCUAGUUGCUUUAAAAGAGGGUAAUUAAAAAAUAUUUAAGAAAAUGACUAUCCCGGAACCUUGCGUAGGUUUACCCACAAUGGAAAAUCACGAGACGUUUUCCUCCCAAACUGAACCCCAAUCAGCCCAAAUUAAAGAAGAAGAAAAAGAACACUUAGCAGAAUCCAAAGAGGUUUCACCCAAAGAAAUUGACUAUUUGGGUAAACUGCCAGCAGAAGUUGGCACAGACUACACCUUCAAAAGGGACAUUGUAUGGUUUAACGCUAUAGGGUUUCUAAUAUUACAUGUGGCCGCUGUAUACGGAUUAUGGGUCAUGGUGUUCCAUUGCUACUGGAAAACUGAUAUUUGGGCUUUAUUAGUGGCCUUUAGUAGUGGCAUGGGAGUGACCACAGGCGCCCACAGAUUAUUCUCACACAAAUCUUAUAAAGCUCCAUUCAUAACCAGGCUGGUGCUCAUCCUAUGGCAUACUUUGGCAGGACAGAACUGUCUCUACAUCUGGGUGAGAGACCACAGGCAGCACCAUAAAUACAGCGACACCGACGCCGACCCACACAACGCCAACAGGGGCUUCUUUUUCAGUCACGUGGGCUGGUUGAUGAGCAGAAAACAUCCCGCUGUCAUCGCCAAAGGAAGAACUAUCGAUAUGAGCGACAUGGAAGCCGACUGGCUGGUAAUGUUCCAAAAGGAGCACUACAAAGUACUUUACACAAUAUUCGCCAUAUUUAUCCCCACGGUUGUACCCGUCUUUCUCUGGAACGAGUCGUGGUGGAACUCCUUUUUCGCCGCCUACAUGUUCAGGAGCAUAUUGGUCCUGAAUAUCACCUGGUUGGUGAAUAGUGCAGCCCAUUUCUAUGGAACUCAGCCAUUUGAUAAGUACGUAAAAGCAGUCGAAUCCGGCUUCGUAUCAUUCGUGUCAGUAGGUGAAGGAUGGCACAACUAUCAUCACGCUUUCCCUUGGGAUUAUAGGGCUGCCGAGUUCGGAGCCAGAUACAGCAUUACCACCUUCAUUAUUGAUACGUUGGCCUUCUUUGGACUGGCUUAUGACUUGAAGACUACCCCUUACUAUAUGGUUCAAAGGAGAGCUGAGCGUACUGGAGAUGGUUCGCAUCCAAUCUUUGGUAAAAUGGCGGAAAAAUUAGAAGAAACUGGAAAACUGGACGACGAGGAUAUCGCGGAAAUUGUUAAAAGCAAAGAUACUUCAGGUGCGAUCCGACGCUUGGCCACAGCACAAGGUUAAAUUAUCCAAAAUUCUACUGAAAAUAUUUCAAAGAAAUUAUCGACAUUCGAUUUUCUGGUUACUAAAGUAUUUAAAAAAAUUAUUUAAUAUUAUAAUGUAUAUUAUAGUUACCUCUGAAGGCAAACUACUUCUUAGAAAAAGAUUCAUUAUGAGGGUAUUAGUAAGUUAAAUUAUAUUAAAUUAGGUUUUAUGUUAAGAAUAUUAGUUAGAUGCGAGUUUAAUGGUUAUUUAUCUGUCCAAGAAUAUCGUAAGAAGAGACUUUUAUUAUGUUAAAUUAACUAUAAAAUUGUUUGUUGCUCGUUUAAAUAGGGUUGUGCCAUAGUCAAUAUUAUUUGAGGCAUUUUUUGAAAUAGGUAAAACGUUUGCUUGUUUUUGAGUUAACCAACAAUUUUAUAUUUUCUUAUUUAUAUAUUUAUAUCAAUUUUUUAAGGCGUGUAUAUUGUGAUUUAUGUGUAAAUGAGAAGUAUAAAUAUAAAUUUAAUUAUUUUGAAAA